AUGAAGGUGACAUUCAAGGAUCUGAAGCAGCAAAAAUUCGUCAUCGAGAUCGAGCCCUCGGAGACGAUUGCCGCAGUCAAGCAGAAGAUCUCGGACGAGCGCGGAUGGGCGCCAAAAACACAGAAACUCAUCUACUCGGGCAAGAUUCUGAAAGAUGAAGACACGGUCGAGUCGUACAAGAUCGAAGAGAAGGGCUUCGUGGUCUGCGUGGUGAACAAGCCUAAGCCGGCGCCGGUGGCCGAGUCUUCAUCAGCCGCUUCGCCAUCGACACCUGCUCGCGCGUCGGCUGUCGCGGCCACACCUGCUGCUCCUGCUGCUGCUGCUGCGGCCAGUUCUGCUGCGAUUGCGCAAGCGGCCGUCGCGGCCACACCAAGUCCGGCCGCCCGUGCUGCCGGUCCGACGGCUGGUGGUGCGACGUCUUACACCGACCCCAACUCCUUUUCGGUCGGUCCUGCGCUGCAGGAGGCCAUCACAAACAUGGAGGCGAUGGGCUUUGAACGCAGCCAGAUCAGCGCGGCCAUGCGCGCGGCCUACAACAACCCGGACCGUGCGGUCGAAUAUCUGCUGACACUCCAGGGCAUUCCCGAUAAUCUGCAGCCACCGCCGGCUGCGGCCGGCGCCGGCGCCGAAAGUGAAGCUGCGGCUGCGGCUCCAGCUGCAGCGGCAGCCCCUGCUGCCGGUAUCGAAGAGCACCCCGAGAGCGUGAAUCUGUUUGACCUGGCUGCGCAGCACGGCCAGGGCGGCGGCAGCCGUGGUGCAGCUGCACAGCCGUCGGCGGAUAGUGCAGCGGCAGCGGCAGCAGCAGCUGCUGGCAGCCAGGGCCUCGGCAACCUGGACUUUUUGCGGCACAACGCGCAGUUCCAGCAGCUGCGCCAGGUGGUGCAGCAGCAGCCGCAGAUGCUGGAGCCGAUCCUGCAGCAGCUGGGCGCGGGAAAUCCGCAGCUGGCGCAGCUGAUUGCGCAGAACCCGGACCAGUUCCUCAGCCUGCUGAGCGAGGAUGGCGACGAGGACGAUGCGCCGCUGCCGCCCGGCGCGCAGGCGAUCUCGGUGACGGAGGAGGAGCGGGACGCUAUCGAACGUCUCUGCCGCCUCGGCUUCGACCGGGACCAGGCGAUUCAGGCAUACUUUGCGUGCGACAAGAACGAGGAGCUGGCGGCAAAUUUCCUGUUUGACCAACCGGACGACGAGGAUCUACAGGACUAG